AUGUUACAGGAAAAUUUGAAAAGCCAGCAUAUUGUUGACUCUAUUUUUUGGAAUUCAAAGCAUUCUUAUCGAGUGAGACCCACCAUUAAAGAUGAUAGGUUGCCAUUGUCAGAAUUUAAUGCUAAAGAAUAUUUAGAAAAAACCCAACUAGUGCAGCAGCAAGAUGCAUUUUUGAAGCAUAAAUUCAACCAGGAGGCCAGCGAUAACAUUGGAAUGACAAGAGACAUUCCUGAUACAAGACACUCUCAAUGUCAUAGUGUUCAUUAUGAUGUAGAUAAGCUUCCAUUGGCCAGUAUAAUUAUAACUUACCACAAUGAAGCAAGGUCUACAUUGAUUCGCACUAUUGCUAGUGUUUUCAACAGAAGUCCAGACAGUUUGAUAGCCGAAGUCAUUGUUGUGGAUGACUCUAGUGAAAGUGUUGAUGAUGGUACAGAUCUGAUGAAGAUUAAAAAGUUGAGAAUUUUGAGAAAUGAGAAGAGGCAGGGUUUGAUCAGAUCUCGAGUUAGAGGGGCCAACAUGGCGACAGGAGAUGUGCUGGUCUUCCUGGACAGUCAUUGUGAAUGUAAUGUUGGAUGGUUGGAACCACUACUGCAAAGAGUUGCAGAGAAUAGGACAAGAGUGGUGAGUCCGAUCAUUGACGUCAUAAGCACAGACAACUUUCAAUACAUUGCUGCCUCUUCCAAUCUGAAAGGUGGCUUUGAUUGGAACCUGGUGUUCAAGUGGGACUUCCUGACUAAGAACGAGUUGAACACCCAACUGAACAAUCCCACAUCUCCCAUCAAGACACCGGUCAUUGCUGGCGGAUUGUUUGCCAUCGACAAAUCUUUUUUUGAAGAAAUCGGAAAGUAUGACACUUUGAUGGAUGUGUGGGGAGGAGAAAAUAUUGAGAUAUCAUUCCGUAUAUGGCAGUGUCAUGGAAGUUUGGAGAUUCUACCAUGCAGUCGAGUGGGUCACGUCUUUCGCAAACAACAUCCAUAUACGUUUCCUGGAGGUGGUGGCAAUGUUUCGAAAUAUUUUUUUUCCAGAAACACGAGAAGAGCAGCCGAAGUGUGGAUGGAUGAAUACAAGAUGUACUACUACGCCACUGUGCCCAUUGCAAGGACUGUUCACUAUGGAGAUGUGAGCAGUAGAUUGGAGUUGAGAAACAAGUUGCACUGCAAGCCAUUCAAGUGGUACCUGGAGAACGUCUACCCCGAACUCAAGAUCCCAAGCAGUGAGGACUUGCAGCUUGGUUUCAUAAAGCAAUCAGACCUCUGCAUCGACACAAUGGGACACAGCAAGAAUGAAAUCGUCACCGUGUUUGCGUGUCAUUACACUGGUGGAAACCAGGAUUGGUCACUAACUCGAGAUAAGAAGAUAAAACAUUUUGACCUGUGCAUCACACUGGUGGACGAGCAUCCAGGAAGCACGUUGCUGCUGCAAGAUUGCCAUCCAGAUGAUACCAAACAGAACUGGUUGUACAGCAACAACAAAUUCAUGAACGUCGAGGAUAACGAACUCUGCAUCGACAGCGCCGACUUCGAAUUGAGAGGUCUGAACGUGCAGACGUGCGAGUUCAAUAAGGAUUCCCAGGUUUGGGAUUUCAUAAUAAGUAAGCAAGGCGUGCCAUCACUGUGA